GCCCAAGCACAACACUCGAAGUGGCCCUGUAAAAGAAUCUUAUUUAGAAUCCAAGGAAAAUCCUCCAUUCAAAGGAGAAAAACUCACUCACCUUAACGGGAAGACGACCCGGAGAUCGAACCUUACGGUACUGGCCAACUAAACACUGCCUUCCUGAUUGACGGUGCACCCCGGUAAAAAGGACACCCAUCAAAGAUGAGUGUACCAGAACAAGUGUGAAGGCGAGAGCUUGAGGGGCGGGACUGACGCCCAUCCAGGCUCCGCAUCGAGUGGGUCGCUACGCAUGCGCUCCCCCACUUCAACUGCAUCGAGUUCCGCGAAAAGCAAAGCCGUACCGACCAACGCAUGAUGAGUGGUUCGCACCAGCGAGACUCCAGACUGAAUGACCGGAAUGGCGCCAAUAAUUUAUGGAAAGCCAGAGCUCGGCGAUACGGAAUAAUAAGGCUCUAAAGAUUACGAGGCGAGAAGCCGUACGUUGACACCAACGUCACGUUCCAAAUCGAACGGUUAUCGCGGAUCGUUAAAUCAAAGGGCUCGGCGAAAAGGCGGCAAGGCGGUCCAGAAGCUGGAAGCCGACCGAGUGAAAUGGUGCCAACCGAGAAAAGCCGAACCAAGCGUGCGACCACACAGGAGCGGACGGCCAGAGUUGACAUUUGUGGCACGGUAGGUGCCGGCCAGAACAAUAGUCAUUCAACCCGAGACCGAUAGCGCACCAGGAAACGCGUUCAAGGCACGCACAGAGGCCAGUGGCCUAGGAGCAGAAUGGGACGGCUCCAGUAGCCCAGAAGCCUCUCACAAGAACAGACAUGGAAAUUUUAGUCGCCCUCGGAGGGUUGGCGUUGGCCACCCUGCUAAUCAUCCGAAACAUCUGCCGGCGAAGCAGACGACGGACCAGAGUCAACAAAAUCAUGGUGUACGUAGAAGGCAACAUCGGAGUAGGAAAGACCACUUUAUUGCAAAAACUGGCAGAAAAAGGGUACCCAGUGGUUCAAGAACCUGUGAAACUUUGGACCGACUGCAACGGAGUGAACUUCUUGGAUCUGUACUCGAAGGACCUACCGAAAUGGGCUUUCACUUUCCAAACGUUAGCCUUGUUUUCAAUCUGGCACGAGCAAGCUGAGGCCUGUGGCAACCAACCUAUAAUAAUUAUGGAAAGAUCGGUCCACAGUGUGGUGAAAAUGUUUGCCCUCAAUCAAUUCAAGAAUGGAUUCCUCAGCCUACCGCAGUACUUAUUACUGGAGAAGCUAUCCCAGAUGCUGUCAGGAAGAUUUAAAAGAAGAGAAGUGUUCAUCUACCUACACACUACAGCUAAGGAAGCACAUCAGAGAAUGAAGCUCAGAGCCCGUUCCGAAGAAACCGGAUUGUCACUGCAGUAUUUUCAACAACUUCAAGAGAUUCUUCUUGGCUGGAUGACUAAGGAAGAAAAACUGCAAUUGGUGGUCAACGCGUCUCAAGGGCCCCAGGAAGUCUUCCGAGUGGUGGAGCGGUUCCUGCAGGCCUUGUGACAGCGGUGUAUGUGGACGGAACAACGGCAGAGAGCAUCCCCAAACAAAGUUAAGUAUUCCAACUCUUUCAAAAGUAAUUAAAUUACUUAGAAAACGAUGGUGUUUGUAGAUAGGAUUUAGCUAGCUAGUCAGGAAACACCAAGGCAAAACCCCCACUCUGAAGUCAGAGGGGCGAGAAAGAAUGUUUUUCUGUGCAGUCCUGUUGUGUAUGUUCAGGAAUUACUUCGGAGCCGAGAACUUCUAGAACGACAAGAACGACCU